CAAACACGCCCACUGUUUCCAUGACAAUAGAUGUCAACAUAUGGGAACAUUUUGAUUUCGGCUACAAAAGCCACUUGUGCUGAUUUAUUUACUAGCUAGAAAAACACGUUUGAUGUUUACAAAUUAGCAAAAAAUACGGAAGUGGCAGGAUGAUUGCCCACCCCGGCAGUGAAGUGAGGGUGUUAAUUCGAAGCCGACCGACUGCUAAUUUUGCUCAAGAGCUCAUUGAAUACCUACCAGACGGACAGACAGUGAGUGUCCACCAGAGGAAGGACUCCAGGAAGGGAGUGGUGAACAACCAGCUGAGCUCCUGGUCGUUCCGUCUGGAUGGGGUGCUGCAUGAUGUGUCCCAGGAGGAGGUAUAUGGCCGCGUUGUGCGAGGGGUGGUGCUGGGAGCCCUGGAGGGGUACAACGGCACUGUGAUGUGUUUUGGCCAGACGGGGGCAGGAAAGACGUACACCAUGACUGGAGCCACAGAGAGUUACAAACAGAGAGGGAUCAUUCCUCGGGCCCUACAGGAGGUGUUCCAUGAGGUGGAGCAGCGUUCGGACCACGCCUUCAGUGUCCACUUGUCCUUCCUGGAGAUUUACAAUGAGACUCUGGUGGAUCUGCUGGCGUCUGUACGGGGUUGCCCAGGGGUAGGGCCAGGGGGCAUGGCGGUGGUGGAGGAGGCAGGGGGAGGGGUAUCAGUCAGGGGGCUGUCCCUGCACCCCGUCCACAGCGAGGAGGCGGCCCUUAACCUUCUCUUUGAGGGAGAGAUGAAUCGCAUCAUCGGAGCUCAUGCCCUGAACAAGAACUCCUCCAGAUCUCACUGCAUUCUCACUGUCCACAUUGAGUCUCGCUCCCGUACUCUGUCCGAUGCAAAGUAUGUCACUUCCAAGCUGAAUCUGGUGGACUUAGCCGGGUCAGAAAGGCUGGGCAAAACCGGAUCUGAGGGCCAGGUGCUGAAGGAGGCCAUGUACAUCAACAAGUCCCUGUCGUUCCUGGAGCAGGCCAUCCUGGCCCUGGCGGACCGACGCAGGGACCACGUCCCCUUCAGACAGACCAAACUCACCCACGCCCUCAAGGACUCAUUAGGUGGGAACUGCAACACAGUGCUGGUGGCCAACAUCUAUGGAGAGGCUUCUCAGAUAGAAGAGACACUGUCCACACUGCGCUUCGCCAGCAGGAUGAAGUGUGUGCAGAUGGACCCUGUUGUCAACGAACACACCGACCCUGUGCUCCAGGUCAGGAAGCUGGAGAAGGAGAUCCAGCUGCUGAAACAGGAGCUCAGCAUUCACAACACACUGGCUAACCGCAUGGGCAUAUCCUACGACACGCUGUCAGACACCCAGGUUGCAGAGAUCCAGAGUCAGGUGCGGAGGUAUCUGGAGGGCAGCCUGGACGAGAUCAAUAUUGUGAGCAUCAGGCAGAUCCAGGAAGUAUUUUCCCAGUUCAAGCAGGCCAUGCAGCAGCAGGAGCAGAAGGUGAAGGCCCAGCUGUGUCAGAACUAUACGUUGGUGGAGAAAUCCCAGAGUACAGCUGGCUCCACUGCAGCCAAGUCACGGGGCUCCCAAGGCACAGUGGGCGUGGUGGAGGGCCAUGGGUUUGGGGUGGGGCUGGCAGUUCCAUCAGAGAGGCACAUUCGGCUCCUGUCUCCAGGCAGGACCAAAGCCAUUAAGACCAAAGAGCUAGCAAGCCAGGGGAGAAAGGAGGCUGUGGAAGGAAGGAGUCCUGGUCCAGGGAAGCAAGUGGAAUCUGUGAACCCAGUCCAGAGAGACCGUGAGGGUCGCGAACAUGACCCCCAGAGCCAGGAGCCUCAAGGACCACCGGAACCCCUUAGGACUGACUCUCCUCCCCCUAAGGCAGAGGCCUUUGAGGACUUCAAGGCAGAGCGGGGCAGCGAGAUCAACCGCAUCCUGAAGGAGAACAAGGUGGUGCUGCUGGAGCGCCGCGCCCGCCUCCGGGAGCUGACGGAGGGCGUGAACACGGCCAAGAGAGAGAUUGACAGCACAAGCACCGCCUUGCACCAGUGGAGAGACAAGAGACAGAGCCAGGGUCAGUUUGUAAGUGCGGAGGGGGUCCCAGUGCUGGAUGAGGCAGAGCUGUCUCUGGCCCUGCAUCUGAGGGAGUUGAAGACUCAGUACCGGCAGCAGUACGAGGAGCUGCGCGGCACCAAGGCAGAGGUCAGCUACUGCCAGCACCUAGUGGACCAGUGCAGGACGCGCCUACUGACCGAGUUUGAGAGCUGGUAUAAUGAGUCCUUCCUGCUUCCUGAGGAGGUGCAAGCCAUGCUGAGAUCUGGAGGACCCAUCAGGCCUGGACUGGUGCCUGUGUACAAGGCAUUGGCACUGGAGGAGGAUGAGCAGGAGCACUUUGAGCGUCUGCGCUAUGAGCUGCUAGCAGACAGUCCCAGUGCCAUCUCCUUCUACAAUGCUCAGAACAGGACUGUACAGAGGAGGAACUACAGCAAGGCCAUGUCUCAGACGCCAGUCCAGAAGAAUACACCAAGGGGCUCUGGUAGAACCAAACUGCCUGCCAUUCUCUCCGUCAUCUGAAGGAGAACUGCUUGAUUCUCACCAAUAAUUAUUGCCUCGGAUUUUGGAUUUUUCCUGAAUAAAGACACACUG